ACUUCCAGCUCAUUAAUACGAACCUCUUUGCAUUUGUUAGAAGAUUUACCAGCCGCCCGUGAUAUAGUGUUUAAAUACUUCUCUUUGGUGGCUGAGGUAGCAGUGCGAGGUUAUUGCGUUGCUGAGCAACAGACAAGCAUGACAUCAAAAAAUAGCAAUAAUCAAACGGCCCAAAGUCCAGGCGCUCAAGAAGAUCCAUGCUUUGAAGUAAUACAACAAGCUUUGGAAAAUAUAGUCAAUAAAGUGUCAGGAGCUUGGGGCGUGGUCGUCGCAUCAUGGUGCUUAGAUUUGGUCGGCAAUCUAUCGGAUAAAUACACUAAACGGAAAAUGUCUAUCGGAGUAGCUUGCAACUACUGGCUAAGCUGUGGCACAAUGCGUGGCUUGUUGACUUUAAUUAGCAUCUGUUUUCGUAAACUAACUAACUUGGAAGCAGAAUCUUGCGUGGAAACUUUGUUAAAUGCCUACCAGCGUUACUCCUUAACCUUUGAUUGGGUUGUAGCACGUUUAGGUGGUUGCUUCCCAUUAAAAAUUAUUUCACAAAUUCUACAAUGCAGUUUGAAACGUUUUGCAGAUGAUUUUCAUUGCCGUUUCGAGUCAGAAGUCGGUAUUUUAGAAUAUCUGUGCUUCGCUCACGAACAAGUUCUACGAGUCGUUGUCAAAGAACUGUUACAAGAAGGUUUCCAUCCCAAAAAGAAUUUAGAUACUUUGAUUAUACCAUUUCUUUUUGUAUUCGGUAAUUAUUCCGAUGUCUUACUACGGAAUAUGAUUAGCGUCUUUUUGGAUAUGUAUAACAACGAGUUAUCUCCGAAGCCACAAAUCCGAUGUAAAAUCUGAAUAUCAGCAAAUGCUCGUGUUAAUGGCACAAAAACAAGCGGACGAAAGUUGUAUGCCCACUUGUCUGGUAAGAUAACUUAUAGAAGUUUUAUCAAAUUUGAACUUUCCACCCUAUGUGCCUAUAACAAUGAAUUAUAAAAUUGCACUGACAAAUGUAAAACGUCUAGCAAAAGCCAAAUCAUUUCAAUGGAGAACAUAGUUUAAGUUUCAAGAAUAACCGAAGGAAUAGCAACCGAUAUAGUCGUUACUUAGCUCUAUAAAAGCCACCGCAAAUAUAAAUUUACACCAACUAUAAAAAAUCAAGAGUCUUUUUUUUACAAUCAAAUGCAGACAAUCGAUAUAUUAUAAAAGAUCUGAUCCAAGAAAUUAAACGCGGUAAGCGAGCAAAUUCAAGAAUGCUUGAAAGCUUGAAAAUAUGUUUUA